CCGCCGCCGCUUCGGUUCCCAGCCUCCCUGCAGUUCUCAGCCCUGACCUAGCGCCGCUCGCCGUCGCCCCGCACGCUGCCUCCUCUGCGCCCACCCCUCACAGCCCGACCCGCGCGCCUUUCCACGGGGGCAGACCAGCCGUUGUAGCAGCAGGAGGAGGAGGACGACGACGAAGAGGCGAUGAAGCUUGACGUGAACGCGCUCCGCUACCUCUCCAAGGAUGACUUCCGCGUCCUCACCGCCGUCGAGAUGGGCAUGCGCAACCACGAGAUCGUGCCUGCCGAGCUCGUCGACCGCAUCGCCGGAUUGAAGCACGGAGGCACAUAUAAAGUGCUGCGGAAUUUGUUGAAGAACAAAUUGGUGCAUCAUGAUGCUGCUAAGUAUGAUGGGUACAGGCUCACUUAUCUUGGGUAUGACUUCCUUGCCAUCAAAACCUUGGUCAAUCGUGGAGUAUUUACUUCAGUUGGUCGGCAAAUUGGUGUUGGAAAGGAGUCAGAUAUCUUUGAGGUUGCCACAGAAGAUGGUACAGUUUUGGCCAUGAAGCUUCAUAGGUUGGGUAGGACAUCUUUUAGGGCUGUGAAAACUAAGCGUGACUAUUUAGCACACCGGAGGAGCUUUAAUUGGUUGUAUCUGUCACGACUUGCGGCUCUAAAGGAAUUUGCUUUUAUGAAGGCCUUAGGAGACCAUGGAUUUCCAGUUCCCACCGCCGUCGACUGCAAUCGGCAUUGUGUGAUUAUGUCACUUGUGCAGGGAUAUCCACUUGUUCAAGUAAAAGAGUUACAAAAUCCAGAUGAUGUUUUUGACACAAUUCUUGGUCUUGUUGUUCGUUUGGCGGAGCAUGGGCUGAUUCAUUGUGAUUUCAAUGAAUUUAAUAUCAUGAUUGAUGAUGAUGAGAAAGUUACUAUGAUUGACUUCCCGCAGAUGGUAUCCGUUUCACAUCGGAAUGCUCAGAUGUUUUUUGAUCGAGAUGUUGGGUGUAUCUACAAAUUCUUUAAAAAGAGGUUUCAUCUUUCAUCAGAUAAAUGUGAAGAACAGGAUGGAUCAGACAUUGAUGAUGAUGAGAAUGGCAGGCCAUCCUUUCUGUCUGUACAGAAGACUGCUGGUUCAUUGGACAAGGAACUAGCUGCCAGUGGUUUCACCCGAAAAGAACAAGCUGAGAUGGAUAAUUAUAUUGACCAAAACGAUGAAGAAGAAAGCUCAGAUGAUGAUUCAACAUCAGACCAAAAUAAUGAAGAUGGUGAUGAUGUGGCUGUUAAAAUCAGUUCCUUAAAAAUAGUGGAGCAGGAUUCAGCUGAGGUGCCUGAUUGCACUCUUGCUGCAAGGGAUUCAGAUGAACCAGAAACUCUUGCUGGAGAGAACGAGACGAGCACAAGUCGCAGUGGUGAGAACUUGAUGAAUCCAUCCCCUUCUAGCCAUGGGGAUGCUAAUGAGCCAAUUGAAUCAGGAGGCAAUGACGAUAAUGAUGAUGACUCAUCAGAUGAUAUUGAUGGUGAGGAUGAUGCUUUGGCAAAACAACUGAACAAGCAAAGGAAGAGGGCAAUUGCUGCCGUGCAUGGGCGGAGAAGGCCUCUGACAUCAAGGAAUGCGUAUAAGUACAAGGGAAAGGGUACUAUGAAUUCCAAAAUCGAGAGACAGGCAUGCAAAUGGUGAUUGCUGUUCGUUCUGGGUCAUCUAUAGCAGGAAAACUGAAGAUAAAUCAAGCUUACGUUUGAUACGGCUGUAAGAGCGGAUGAGAGCACACUGUGUUGUGUUCUUCUUUUCACAGUUUUGAUCAUCUGAGUGAUGUUUCUCUAUGAUUGCCUGCUGAUUAGUUGAUAAAGUUAAAAGCCAUCUAACAUUAUAUAUGUUUCAUCACAUGAGCGUUGUUGCAGUUUGCUGCUAGACAACUUGAAUUAAAGCAAAAUUGUCACCUUUUUUGGCCUAUUCUAGCUU